UAUCAACACCAGCUGGUCCUGCUUGGCCUCGAACUUUUUGGAUACCUCCUGUUUAAACUGGACAAAUGAGACAAGAGCAAGAGAAGAGAACUGGUAUUUGGGAGGUCCUUCGGCUCAGCUACUCGUCGGACAGUCCUGGCCUCCAUGUCGUCCAUUAAUUCCUGAUAAUGGACACCUCGUUGGGCAUUAUACAUAUUUCUCAUUGUCUUUUUUAAACACAUGUAUUCAUCAGUUCUGCCUUGUUUUCAUUAGAAUUUUGCAGAUAACCAAGCAAUAUAAGUUCUGGAUUUUCUGUUGAGCUGUCCACACUGACCAUUGGGGUGGUUUGCUGCGAAAUCCUCCUGGCUGUAAGAUUAUAUCUCUGCAAGAAUGGGGGCUGCUCAGAAGUGUCUGCUAUUCCACUAUAUUUUGCUGUCUGUCACUUUUCUGUGCCAUGGAAAAGACCAGUUCUUCAAUGACAAUGGAAACCUCAUACUCCCGGGGUCCUACAAUAUUCCAUGGAUGGCAGGCAUUCAGGAUUUCCGCACCCUCUCUCUCAUCACCAUCCCUGGCACUCAUGCCAGCAUGGCCCUGUACGGAGGUCCAGAGACUGAACACCAGGCCUUGUCUCUGAUGGAUCAGCUCAAGGUCGGCAUUCGUUUCCUGGAUCUCAAAGUGUUUGGCCUGGGUAACACCCUCUAUGUCAUGGAUGGGGUGGCUUACCAGCACAGCACUCUCAAGGAGGUCCUGGACAUCGUCCGAGCCUUCCUGUCCGAGUUUAAGACCGAGGCUGUGCUCAUUAGAGUGGAACCAGAGUCUUUUGAGAAGAAAACUGUCAAUGAGAUGGUGCAGAGUCUGAUUGGCAAUGACCAACAUGUCUGGGUGGCUUCUGGGAUGCCAAAUAUGGGUCAGGUCAGGGGGAAAAUUGUGUUUUUGCAGAAGAGCACCUUCACACUAGGAAUUCCCCUCAUAGAAACAACCGAGAAAGGUAGCACAAAGGUUAGUGACGUUAAAAAUAAGGACAACAAAAUAAUCAAACAGCUGAACCAAGCCACCGAAGCUUGUGGAGGUGAUAAUGCUGUUCUGACUUACUCUAGCGGCACUGGCUUUGGUACUUUCUGGGGAAUGUUUCUGACUCCAAAAAGAGUAGCUGAAAAGGUAAACCCAUGGCUCAAUCAAUACUUGAGACAGUUUUACCCUAAUCAGCCCAGACCAUGCUUUGGUAUCAUUGCCAUGGACUUCCCUGGCAUUGACCUCAUUCAAACGGUUACCAAUUUAAACUGGUGGUAAAGGCUCAGUAAUGUGGUGGAACUACUAUGAAAUUGUUUCUAUAUCUUUCCCAUCACGUAUCACUGUACACACUGUGAUAUAUCAUGAAAUCCAAAAUGUAAUUUGAAAACUGAUACUCUCUUUGUCUGUCAGUUGUAUCCUGAACUGUGUAAUUUUGGAAGCAAUUUCACUAAAAUGUUCUGACCAUAAUUAUGAGAAAAAUAAAUUUCCCUUUAUUGCCUCCUCA